AAUAUUUAUCAGUCAUGAAACUCACUACUCCACCGUUUGUAACGAAACUCAACUCCACCGUUUUCCCACAAAUUCUGAGAUUUCUACGUUGUCCUAAAACCCUUUAAACUUCACUUCACCAGUCAGUGAUGUAUCGACGCCGUAAACAACCGCACCCGCAACGCAACAACAAGCGUAAAUUUGAUCAAACAGGUAGCUCUGAUGAAUCCUCAGCCCUUUGUUCUUCCCUUAUAAAAAAGCGAAAAGACCAAAUUCAAGUUCAAUUCUUUGUCCGUUUGUUUCCUGGAAACAAAACCCUAGUUAUUCAAGCCAAAUCUACGGACCUAGUAGAAUUCAUUCAUUACAAAAUCAUGUUGAUCACCGGUAUACCGGUCGAAGAGCAGCGGUUAAUUUACAGGGGAAAACAGCUUGAGUGUGAGCACACUUUAGCUGAAUGUGGGGUGCAACACGACAGGAGUAUGCAACUCGUAGGUCGAAUGCGGAGCACAAAUCAUCAUCAGGCUUGGAAAAUUAUUAAUGAUAUAAUUUCGAUUGUUUCCGGUAUUUUGAAUGGAGAUUAUCCUUGUUUUCCUUCGGUCUUGGAUCGUAUAAUGGUGUUGCUUACACAGUUUACAACUAUGACCCCUGUGGAUAAAAUUGAAAAAUCCUGUGAACAUAUCGAAUUAUUUGUUUCGUCGUUGGCUCCUGCGGCUCUGGUAAUGCUUUAUAUGUCUCCGGAUAGUUAUAGAAGAUUUACUGUUGAUGAAUGCGUUCGGUCGUUUGUUAAUUCAUUUAAGAUUAUGUUGCCUGCACCUUUGUACAAUGUAUGUAAUCCUAUAGUGUUAGAGUUUUGUAUGCUACUUGGAGACGCUGCUGGGCUUGAUGAUGGGUUGUAUAAUUUUUGUCGGAGUAGUUUAGGGGUAUCAGUAGAGUCGAUUGGGAUCACUACUGAGGAGUUUUUAGUGAAAAAGGAACAAAUUGUUUCCUCUGAAUGCUUAGUCGGUUCUCCUGUCAGGAUGCUAACUCAGAUUCAGUUCUUUGUCCGUUUGCUUCCCGGAGGCAAAUCGCUGGUUAUCCGAGCCCAUUCUAUGGCCCCAGUGGAAUUCAUUCACUAUAAAAUCAUGUUGAUCACCGGAAUACCCACGGCAGAGCAACGGCUAAUUUACAGGGGAAAGCAGCUCCAGUCAGAAAAAACAUUGGCAGACUAUGGUAUCCAGAAGGACGAAAGCCUGCAACUUGUUGGUCGAAUGCGGAGCACAAAUCAUCCUCAGGCGUGGCAGCUCAUCGAUGACUUGAUUUCACUAGUCCUCGAUAUUUUGGGAAGCAAUUAUCCUACGACUCUUUCGGACACGCAUCAUAUCACAAAGAUGCAUGAAUUUCUCACCAUGACUCCAAAGGAUAAUAUUGGCAAAGCCUCUCAACACCUCCACAUAUUCAUCUCCUCAUCGGCUCCUGCAGCUCUAGUAAUGCUUUAUAUGUCUACAGAAAAAACUAUCGAAUUUACUGCUCAUUAUUCCAUUCGUACCUUUAUCAAUUCAUUGAAGAGUGAAUUGCCUAAGAACACAUACAAUGCAUGUGCUCGAAUACUGUUAGAGUUCUGUAAGCUACUGAGAGGGGCUGCUGGGCUUGAUGAUCGUUUGUAUAAUUUUUGUCGGAGUAGUUUAGGGCCUAUAGUAGAGUCCAUUGGGGUCGCGAGGUGCAAGGAUACUAAGGAGUUAUUAGCAUUAAAGUAUGUUUUUCCAUUUGUACGUGAUGUAGUAGUAGCUGAGUUAUCCCAUGAUUUGGAAUUGAGUAUCGAAUCAGUUGAGUCUAUGGAGUUAUCAGUGAGCACUGUGCGUGAUUUUACUGAGUAUAUGUCUUUGGUGAGGAAAGUGUUGCAACUACCAUUUGGCUUUCCAAUUAGCUUGCCGUUGAAAAAGGAUGGCACCAGUGAAGCAGUAUGUGACAGAGAGUACACUGAACGUUUGCAUCGUGUUUUAUAUGAUUUGCAUCGUAUUCUGUAUGAUUUGCUAGACAAAAUGGAGUUGUGCUUGAGGAAACUGGAAGACCUGUUGGGAUUGAAAGAUAAAGGGAAAACCAAGCUUAUUGUUUCCUGGUGUUCUCAGUAUCUUGUAAUUCUGAAGGAGUUAAAUAGCAUUUCAAAACUGUUUAAGGGCUUGGAGAAUGUCUUUUGGCAGAAGAUGAGGCAAAGAAAGGUUUCGCUGUGCUUUUUGAUUGUGACAUUUGCAAAAAGAUGUGACGAUUGUCGGUGGGUUAUUGAGCACAAAGAGGUAACCAAUUUCGAGGUAAGGAGACAUUUCACAAUGAUGAUACUUCGAGAAGUUAGAAACCAGGCGAUGCUUGAGAUGCUCAUUGAUAGGUCCCAGUUGUUGGAAGAAUCAUUUGAGUACAUUGGACAAGCGCAUCCUGUAUUGCUGCGAGGUGAUCUAUUUAUGGAAUUCAAACAUGAAGAAGCUACUGGGCCUGGAGUAUUGAGAGAGUGGUUUUUCUUGGUAUGUCGAGCGAUCUUCAAUCCUCAGAAUGCUCUCUUUGUUGCUUGCCCAAAUGACCGGAGAAGGUUUAUCCCAAAUCCAGCAUCUAAGGUGGAGCCAUUGCACCUUGAGUAUUUCUGCUUCUCUGGUAGGAUGAUUGCAUUGGCUUUAAUGCAUAAAAUACAGAUUGGCGUUGUGUUCGAUCGUGUAUUCUUUUUACAAUUGGCUGGAGAGAAAAUAUCAUUGGAAGACAUUAGGGAUGCAGAUCCUUACUUGUACAGUAGCUGCAAGCAAAUACUGGAGAUGGAUCCUGAGAUGGUGGAUCAAGAUACACUAAGCUUGACAUUUGUUUGUGAAGCUGAAGAGUUGGGGUCCAGGAAAAUGGUCGAGCUUUGCCCCAGUGGGAAAGAUACCGUCGUGAACAGUAAGAAUAGGAAGGAGUAUGUUAAUCUUCUUAUUCAACAUCGGCUUGUCACAUCAAUUGCUCAGCAGAUAGCCCAUUUUUCGAAAGGUUUUGCUGAUGUAACUACCUCAAGUCUCCGAACUUCCUUGUUUCGGAGUUUAGAUCUUGAAGAUCUUGACCGGAUGCUUGAUGGGAGUGGAAGUGCUAUUUCUGUUGAAGACUGGAAAGCACAUACAGAUUACCAUAGCUACAACGAAAGUGAUCGUCAAAUAUCCUGGUUCUGGAAGAUAGUUGGGCGUAUGUCUGCUGAACAGAGAAAGGUGCUCCUUUUCUUCUGGACUUCCAUUAAAUAUCUACCUCUAGAGGGUUUUGGUGGUUUGGCUUCUAGACUUUCCAUUUACAAAACCUCGGAAUCUUGUGAUCACUUGCCUUCUGCACAAACAUGCUUUUACCGCAUGCGCUUUCCUCCUUAUCGAUCAAUGGCUGUGAUGAGAGAUCGACUCCAUGUAAUCACCCAAGAGCAUGUUGGUUGCAGCUUUGGUACCUGGUGAUGUGUGCCAAUUUUGGGAUUAUAUUGAACUUGCACAUAAUCAGCUUGUAAAUGAAGCUUGUAUAUGCUUACCUAUUUAAAACUUUGGUCUUUUUAUGGUCUAUUAUACUUUCAACUCAAUGCAUCACAGACUGACGAGUUUAUGACAAGUUAGAAGAACUAAUUAAACUUGGCUUACUUCUUGCUUCCCUUCCUUUUUAUAGAAUAUAGAGGUAUAGGAUCUAUUAAUAAAGAAAAAAGUUCCAGUC